UCCUAUAAUUAUUUCCAUCGAGCAACUGCAACUGAAACUGAAAAACCCUUUAUUUCUUUUCUCUACACUUUACUUUCACUCUCAGCCAAAGCGAAAAUGUUGUUCUUCUCAUACUUCAAAGAUUUGGUUGGAAAAGAAGUCACUGUUGAACUCAAGAACGAUUUAGCCAUCAGAGGAACAUUGCAUUCUGUUGAUCAAUACCUCAAUAUCAAGCUCGAAAACACUCGUGUUGUUGAUCAAGACAAAUACCCUCACAUGCUUUCUGUAAGGAACUGCUUCAUCAGGGGAUCUGUGGUGAGAUACGUGCAAUUGCCAACAGAAGGUGUGGACAUUGACCUAUUGCACGAUGCCACAAGAAGAGAAGCCCGGGGUGGUUGAUUUCGCUAAUCUCGUAAUUUAUAUUUUGUAUGAGAAUUCAAUAGGCUGGAAUAUCAUAGAUGUUAUCAUUCCUGCUUAAGAAAGAAACUAUGGAACUUAAGCAUUAUUCUGAUUUACUCUGACAGUGAUACUAGUAUUUACCCUGCUAAUGUUUUUCCCUUCCUCUUAUGCAUCUAUUAAAAGAAAUGUCAAAACGUAUGGAAUUAUGCAAAACAAGUAUAAUUCACAGCA